AUGGGUCGGCUUCGGCUGUUUUUCCUCCAUCCCGUCUCACUUUAUCAAGGGUCUGCUUUUCCCUUUGCACUUCUAUUUAAUUAUCUCUGCAGGAUGGAUUCAUUUUCCACUCAUGCCAGGCACCUCUUUCUCCUGGCUGGAGGAGGGGCCCUGGCCUUGGCUGCCAUGGGUUCCUUUGCUGUGCUUGUCUUCAUCCCCGCUCUGGGCACUGUGGUUCUGAUCAGCUCCCUCGGCCCACAGGAAGUCCACAGGUGGACUUUCUUCUUUCAGAUGAGCUGGCAGACGCUGUGCCACCUGGGUUUGCACUACACUGAGUAUUACCUGCAGGAACCUCCUUCCAUGAGGUUCUGCAUCACUCUUUCUUCCCUCAUGCUCUUGACCCAGAGGGUCACAUCCCUGUCUCUGGACAUUUGUGAGGGGAAGGUGGAGGCAGCAUCCCAAGACAUCAGGAGCAGGAUCUCUUUGUCGGAGCAUCUGUGUAAGGCACUGCCCUAUUUCAGCUACUUGCUCUUUUUUCCUGGCCUCCUAGGAGGCCCUCUGUGUUCUUUCCAGAGAUUUCAGGCUCGUGUUCAAGGGUCCAGCUCUUUGUGUCCCCGGUUCUCUUUCUGGACUUUCACCUGGAAGAGUCUGCAGAUUCUGGGACUGGAGUGCCUGAUGGUGGUCAUGAGGUGGGUGAUGAGUGCAGGAGUGGGUCUGUCGGACUGCCAUCAGCUCCAGUGUAUCUACGUCAUGUGGUCCACGGCCGGGCUCUUCAAACUCACCUACUACUCCCACUGGCUCCUGGAUGACUCCCUGCUCUGUGCCGCGGGCUUUGGGUCUGAGUUUGGCGAGAGUCCUGGCGAGGAGGGAUACCUCCCUGAUGCGGACAUUUGGAUGCUAGAAACAACCCACAGGAUAUCCUUGUUCACGAGAAAAUGGAACCAGAGCACAGCUCGGUGGCUCAGACGCCUCAUAUUCCAACAGGGCAGGGCCUGGCCGUUGUUGCAGACAUUCGCCUUCUCCGCCUGGUGGCACGGACUCCACCCAGGACAGGUGUUUGGUUUCCUAUGCUGGGCUGUGAUGGUGAAAGCUGACUACCUGAUUCACACCUCUGCCACGUCGUUUAUCAGAUCCUGGCCGAUGUGGCUACUCUACAGAUCUCUCACCUGGGCCCACACCCAGCUCAUCAUUGCCUAUAUAAUGCUGGCCGUGGAGGGCAGGAGCCUCUCCUCGCUCUGGCUGCUGUGUAAUUCCUACAGCAGUGUCUUUCCCGUGGUAUACUGCAUUUUGCUUUUUCUAUUAGCAAAGAGAAAGCAUAAAGUUAACUGA